GAAUACCGUUGGUGUGACUGGCGUUCUUAGUGCGUUGUCGUAUGGGGAGGAGUCCAGCUCCAUCAAAAGACGCUCUAUUAUUUAUUUUUUUGCUUGUUAGACACUCUUCUUUCCUGAUUAGACACGUCAAGCUGUACCGUAGAUUAUAUUGCGUCGUGACGUAGACCGUUUACUCUUGUUGUUUUUUGUCAUUGUUUCAGUUGUUGCUCCUUUCUCUUUUUUAUUUUUUUCCUGGCGUUGUCGCGUCGCAUCCACCAUCGUUGUCUUCUCGCACGCACCGUUUCACUUGUUGAAGAUCGCACUUCGUUUUCGUCGAAGCAGAGUGCGCCACUUCGAUCUUUUCUGCUCCUCUCGUAGCAGGGAGUACUCCGUGUAGAGCAGUGCAAGCGAACCGACAAGUUCAUCGUUUAAUCGUCGCAUGGAGACGCGAGACAAUGAUAAUUCUUUUUCACAUCUCCGAUAGUCAGGGUCGUUGGCACCGGUGCUCUGCCGUGUGCGGUCCCUCCACCACCGCCGCUGGUGCCAUCAACCAACUCCGCGCUAAACUCUACCUACCCACGGAGGUGGAGGUGCAAGUUCACCUCGCGAACGACGUCCCCAUUCGACACUUAACGGCGCCGCUGACGAGUCUGCGCAAGCAGCGCAGCGGAAGCUCGCAAGUGGUGCGCAUGCAGUUGUGGGCUUCUCUCUCGGGUCCUGAGGCUGCUGUGCGUGAAAUCAACUACAGCGCUGCGGAGGCGGUCGACCCCGCCACUGCGGUGCCGGAAGAUGAGGGCGACGAUGAUAGCAGUGUUGCUGCGUAUCUGUCCUCUUCACAGUCGGAGCACCGCAGCCUGGACAGCGCCGCGCACGUUGGCGCACCGGUUCCCACAACGCGCAUCAUGUUCGCUGGCCCGCCGUCGAAGGCAAGCAUAAAGACUCCCCAGGCAAAGGCGCCCAGUAACGUCGCCAUGCCCCUUCACACGCGACCGACCUCAGAACACAACGCUACGACGGCAACCGGCGCUGGGGCUCCUCCUGCAGUAGCGGCUCCUGUGAGAGGGAGCUCCCGAGAGCGCAGUCCUGCCGUUGCGGGGGCGGACAAGGCGCCGACGCCGACGCGGACGCCCCUACUCACCUCGCCUUCACCCGAGUCUACCUCUGCAAGGACCACGGCCGCGGCCAGCACACUCGUCAUAAAGCGACGCGACUCCCGACCGCCGCCGCCGCAACCCAUUUCCUUCCUCGAGAUGCCCCUGUCCGCACGCGGUCCGGUGCGCCGUCCCCCCGUCGACGUCCAGCGUGCUGAACUUCAGUUACCACAGUCCGCGCGCGGCGUGGCCCCAGCCCACCCUUCUGGCGCCUUCCUAGCGGCGAACAACGGACGCUAUGAUGAAGGAGCAGGUGUCGCCGCAGCAGCACUGUACAAAACCGGUUUUGCGCGACGCGAUGCCGCCCUCGCGCACAUUAUGAUGCGUGAGUACCCCAAAAUCGUGCCGCGCGAGCCGAAAACGGUCGUUGCGGCGGUGAAGAAUACCGCCCGUCUGGCCUCGCUCAGCUUCAGCAAGGAGUUCAUGGCCACAUCAGACCUCGAGGGCGUCGAUGAUAGCACUUACGCCCGUUGCCUCUCUAUUGCUUUGACGCAUGGGCAGGAACUGCGUAGCGGUGGUGGUGGCGGUGGCGCACGGAGCGAGACCGCACGUCUCGCGCUGUACGGCGAACUCAGCUCUCUGCGUCACAGCUGCUGCCCCAACGCUGCGGUGCAGUACGACCUCUUCACCGCCCCGUACGCCGGUAGCUGUCGCUGCGCGGUGCUCGCGGGGAUUCCGCAAGGACAGGAAAUCACGUACCUCUACAAGCACGCCGACUCCCUCGCCUUCUUGCUGCUCUCGCGGGACCGGCGCCGCAACAUUUUGCAGCGAAAGUAUUUUAUGCAGUGCGACUGCCCCCGCUGCACGGAGGUCGACCUCAACGAGGCUGCUGCUGCGGCGGCGGCCCCCAUAGUCAAAAAGAGAAGCGCUAAGACGGGCACGGCGAAGGCAAUAGCGCAGAGGAUUGGCUCACGUACGAAGGCCCAACGCGAGGCAGAGGCAACACUGACAGGCGCCUUCUUCACCAACUCUACAGUUGAUCGAGACCCCCCAAAGCAGACCCAAUUGAUGGGGGAGAUGCGGCGCGACUUCGACGCCCUACAGAUCGUUGACGACACCGGGGUGGAGAUUAGUCUCUCCUUGGUGGGCAACGUGCCGCCGAUGCAGCGCACCAAGCAAUGCAACCGCCUCCUUGCCUUUCUGCGCAAGUACGGUACCUCAGACUCGGUGCUGCGCCUGCACGAGCAUCACUGGCGCAUGAACCUCGCGCGUGCUGCUUAUGUGCAGGAGACGGUGCGUCUCUGUGCGGUGAAGGGCGCCACUCCCGAAGCGCGGCUUCGUGAUCCGCACAGCAAGACGCUGUUUACCCCAACCAAGACGGUCUACGACGUGUGUCUGAAGCAGCUUGCGGUCGAAGCCCUUUUUAUCCCCCUAGGGCACCCGCACAGCCUCACCACCUACGAGUCUUUCUUGUACCUUGUGGCGCUGCUGCCACCGGCGCUGGCGCAGGCAGUCGUGCGCAGCGCACACAACACGACGAGCAUUAAGUGGAAGCAGCUUGAGGAGACCAAGGAGGCGUGGAGUGUGCUGAAGCGUACCGCGCUUCCACCGCAGGUACGACGACUGGUGCAGCGGAGGGCAACUAGCAGUGGUGCGGCAGCGGCGCCGCCGUCGCAGCCGGUCACGGCACGUGGUCAACGGAGUCAGGAACUUUCUGCUACAUCGACCAUUAAGUUGCCCCCGAAGAAGUCCAAGGGGUUGCAGAACGAUGGAGUUUCUGCAGGAUGA